AUGUCGUUGCUUUACCAGCCGCUUUCCAGAUCCGCCAGGGACAUCUCGGGAUGUCUCACCCCCGUCCAAGCUGACGAUAACGAGCUCGGUACCAGCAUGAGCAGAGGCCAUGCCUACACCAAAAGACCCGUCCAGCAGCCAAAGGGCCUGAGCGUCUCCAACAUUUUAUCUCCUCCACUUUCGCCCUACCAACGAGCCGCAGUGGUGUCGCACCCUCCAUUGGUGAUUGACGACAAAUCGUACCUCGAGUCCAAGUCGCCGUUCACCAUCGAGAACUACAAGGACUACAAGUUGACCAUCCAUCCCUGGACCAACCUUCAGUCCAACUACAAGGCGUCCCACCUUCAUUUCAUCAACCAGUACCACCACAUGUCUGCGGCCGAACCUGAGCGCAGUGUUCCACGCAGAUUCAAGCGCCGCCUCGUGCAGGAAAACUCCGACGACAACUCCUCGGACCAGGAACGUGUGCGGACAAGAAGGGUGGCCCGUUCCAAGGACUUGGACUCCGAGCUCGACGAGAUUCCUGCCACGCCUCCACCCAAGAAGAAGAAGGUCAGAAGAGACACGCCUGCCACGCCUGCCUCGGUGGCCUUGCAGCAGCAGAUGCUCAUGGACGACUCAAUUCCCGACUACUCACCAGAUGCCAGUGCCACCUUGCCUGCGAACAACUCCAAAUGCUUGAAAAUCGAGUGGAAGGGCCAGCCCAUGGACUUGUCGUCCGAUCCCAACCUCUCCAAGUUGCACCCAGCCGAGGUGGUGCUUGCAUCUAUUUUGCGGCUUCCAGUGUUGGUUUAUCUCGAUUCUAAGAGACGUCUUUUCCACGAAAAGCUCCAGAGAGUGCGUUCCGGAAGACAGUUCCGUCGUACCGACGCCCAGAAGGCGUGCAGAAUCGACGUCAACAAGGCAUCUAGGCUUUUUGCCGCUUUCGAGAAGGUGGGGUGGUUGAACGACGCCCAUUUCGAGAAGUACUUGUGA